UGAUACAUCAAUCGACGUGUGAGCGGUCAGAAGCACGUGCAACCACAGAUCUACGUCUGUAAGGAGGAGAUCCAGCCAUUGGUGUUCCUUCUGAAACGUUCCUUCACCCUGUCUCCGUCCUCGUUACCCGUACUCAUCUCCCGCCCCCUCUGCCGUUCCCCCUGAGUGACCCCCACGCGCUCUAGCGCACCUCGCGCGUCUCCCUCAUGGCGUCCCAGCGCAACCCGGAUCUCUUGGCAGAUCUCAAGAGAUCUACCACCACCGGCAGCACUGCCAUGCGUUUUGGUUUCCAGACGUUCGGCAGCGCCAACCCGUUCGGCAGCGUCAACCCGAGCCCAUCCACGCCGCCCAGCACGCCUGGCUGCGGACAAUGCCAAAGCGUCCGCCAUCUCAACAGCCCGCUCAACCCAUUCCGCGUCGGAUUCAAGAGAAACGACCGCUUCGUGGCGUGUGUAGCCAUGACACCCGCCAUCGAAAGUGCCAUCAAUGGCGGCACCAAGCAAUACAAGCUCGUCGACAACGGCUACGCUCAGCUCAUAGAAGACCUCACCCAGCCCAAGCAGGACACCCCCAAUCCCCUCAUCGGCCUCCAACACCAUGAGGCCGAGAUCCGAGGCCUCAGCAGCGGCAUGAUCCAUCUCGCUGCCAUCAUGACCAUGCGACUCUGCAAGAAGCACAACUACAACACGCCCCUCCAACGUGGUGCUAGUGACAAUGCGGCUGCCGACAGAUACCUCAUCAACCCGAUGAAUCGCGCAGAUGUCCACAACCCACUUGCCAACGAUUUGACGGCUGCCACGCACUGCGUCGCGGAGCUCGGCAACUUCCUCGUCAAGAACGACAGUGACACGGCAAUGGCGCUCAUGCAGGCGCUACCCACCAUCCUCCAGGACUUCGCCACCCGGUCAGUCCCUUCCUCCGGCCGCAGACGCAAGACCCCAUCGGCCGCGGCUGCUGCUGCUGCCGCCCCACCGGCAGAUACGGAGCCGUCCUCUCCCUUCACCCCCAAUGACCUGUUCGGCAACAUGGACCAUGAUGAGCAGGACGCCGAUUUCGAGAUGUAUGAUGACGACGUCGCCAUCCCCCGUCGAGACGUCAUCCCGUCCGCCCGCUACAAGACGCUGCCCACAUUCCAGGCCCGCAUCGCCUCCAUCCCCGCCGACCUCAAACAAUUCAUGGGUGAGGCCGCAGCACCCAAGGACAUCGUGCUGCUCACGAGUGCGAGCGACUGCACGAUCGACUACCCCAAUGUGUUCGACGACGUCACUAAGCAGCAGGCUACCCUCUUCGCCAGCCAAAUCGCCUCUGUGCUUCCCCCGGCCAAGACACCACGCGCCCACACCGCCCAGGACCUCCUCCUCAGCUGGGGCAAGCGCAUCGACAAUAGCGCUGAGCUCACAAUCAAGGACGUCAUCAACUACGUGGCCAUCCACUAUGCCAUCAACCUACGCGCCGGAGUCCCCUUCCGUGCGUCCCAGGGACCAUCAGUCACCACACGUGGUCGCACACAGAAGAAAGCUGACUGAUGUAAGGCGCCACUGGAGCUUCGCCCCCAGUGGCAACAACGCACUCUACCUGUGCUGCCUGCGAAUCCGUUUUCCUCGUCUGUUGUGUCUGUCUGCUGUAGAUCUGACUAUGUAUCGUCAUCAGUCGGAUCGCCGCGCGCGUCACCCACCUUUUCCCGUUGCGCGUGUUGUACUACUGGGCAUAACUCACUCACUCACGUACACGAACAAGGGGCUGCCGUCCAC